AGCCGUUUUAAAUGUUGCGCUGUCUCCGGUUCUCUGAGGGCAAACCGCAGUUUGAACAAGCGGACGAUAGCGAGAAGAAGAACAGAAGGUUAAAAAAAAAAUCGGUGACGUUUGGACGCAGCAUGCAGGCGAGCUACUCCAUGUCCAGCCCGAACUCUUUGGGGGUGGCGCCUUUCAUCGGCAGCGAACAGAACUUCUACCGGACAGGAGCCGGUUACGCCGGGGUGUACUCCCACGCAGCCCACGAGCAGUACCACCGCGCGUACAACCUCCAGCAGCAGUCUAAAGACAUGGUGAAGCCGCCUUACAGUUACAUCGCUCUCAUCACCAUGGCCAUCCAAAGUGCACCCGAGAAAAAGGUGACCCUGAACGGCAUUUAUCAGUUCAUCAUGCAGCGCUUUCCGUUUUACCGGGACAACAAGCAGGGCUGGCAGAACAGCAUAAGGCACAAUCUGUCCCUCAACGAGUGCUUCGUCAAAGUGGCCCGUGAUGACAAGAAGCCCGGCAAGGGCAGCUACUGGACCUUGGAUCCGGACUCUUACAACAUGUUCGAAAACGGCAGCUUCCUACGGCGCAGGAGAAGGUUCAAAAAGAAUAACAAGGAGGACCCUGUGAGACCUGCUGUGCGCAUCCAGGACAUUAAGACCGAGAGCGGGACCUCCACGCCGCCUCAAGCCGCGUCGCCGGCAUUGAACGCGGUUCCUAAAGUGGAAAGUCCCGAUAGGAGCAGUAUGUCGAGCGGCAGCCCGCGGAGUGCGCACCAUCACGGCUUCACCGUGGACAACAUAAUGACGUCCCCGCGGGGGUCUCCUCAGGUCGAGCUCUCCCCGCCUCUUAUCGCCUCCCUCCCGACCCAGACUCCGACCUACACGUCGCCGGCCUCCGGCCACAACUCCUGCACGGUGUACCACUGCGACAACUUCUACAGACCCUCGCACGUGACGUCACCCAGCGCCGUGGACGACGCCUUGCCCGAGUAUUGCGUCACUGCUGCAGGCCACGGAAACCUGAGCCACGUGGGCCAAGGGGGCUACCAAGGCAGGAUCGCGUCGUGGGGCGGCGACGUGGGCCACCUGAGCGCGGGAUAUCCCACCCAGCAGCAGAACUUCCACUCCGCACGGGAAAUGUUCGAGUCCCAGCGGGGCGGAUUUAACAGCUCGGACAUUGGGAGUAAUAAUAAUAUUAAUAAUAAUAAUAAUAAUAACGCCUGCCAGAUGACCUUUCCGUCCAUCUACCGCACAUCCGGGACCUUUGUUUAUGAUUGCAGUAAACUCUGAGAGUGUCUUUAUAUGAUAAUAACUCCAAUAUAGUCCUCCUUGUAUUUGUAUUUUUUUUUCCAAAUGCAUCCUUAAUGGACUUUAAUGAUUCACAUAUUUAAAUUAAACUUUAAAUUAUACUAAUGUAUUUUUGUUUUCGUAGGAGUGAUUGAUAGGCAGCUCGACAACCACGGAUUUUUAUACCACACUUUUUAUAAAAAUCAUAUUGGUCAAAACCCUUUUUAAAAAAAAAAAAAAGAAGACAUUACAUCAGGGGUCCCCAAACUUUUUGUCGGGGGCCGUGAUGUAUAUAUGUAGAAGA